GCAAAUUAGCAAUGAGCCAAACAACUCUAAAACGGGGUAAGCUGUUUUAGAUGACGGCGUUUUCCUGAACCAGCUGCCUGCUUGGAGCAUUACGGUAGGAGGCGGGUCCCGCUGGAGCGUGGCUGCCUGGAUGGCCGUGUUUUGCCUUUGUGCCUAUGUGUUGCCCCGUCCUGCACAGCACGGUACAGCACAGCACGGUACAGCUCAUGGUGCAUCGACAGGAGGACGGCCGCAGACAGCCGGGGAGACAGAGGAGAAGAGGAACAGCAGCAGCACUCGCCGCUACACGUCGAAACACACUGCCUGUUUGUCUCCCUGUUUGUCAGCGUCUCCCUUCUGUCCGGUUGGAUUUACUGACGCGCCUCCUUCAGCUGCAGACUGGAGCCCGUGGAACUACUGUAGCAAGAAGGUCAGGAGCGGAGGGUUGAAUUAGCGGAGACAGAGGGAUCCAGCUUCAGCACCGGGACCCCGCCCGGCCGCAGCUUCCUGCUGAGCUGGAGCUCACCGUCGGCCAGACUGGAGACUAAAAAGGGUCUAUGGUGAGUCUGUGGCGACCCUGUGGUUGUUUACUUGAAGCCAUGGAAUUCCACUGUACUGCUUUAAAGAGAUGCCACAUAUGGAGAUGAGUGACGAAUCAACUGAUGAAGAGUGAAAGAAAGGAGGACAGAACAAAGGAGCAGAGAAACAAAUCCAACAGAGGAGAGCAGAGGGAAUUAGGAAGAGCAGUAAAAGUAGUGAGGGAGCUCAGUGAACGAGGAAAUCGAGUUAAGGUUAGAUUAAACAAAGGAAGCUUUGGAACGGUAGAAGGGCAAUGCAAGGGACUGGUUGAAGGAGGGAAGGGAGAUCUGGAUGAUCGCCACAUCUGCAGCCAGCAGGUUAUUCCCCAACCAAAGAUGGCCUCCAAUUUCAAUGACAUCGUCAAGCAGGGCUACGUACGCAUGCGCAGCCGCAAGUUGGGGAUCUAUCGUCGUUGCUGGCUUGUGUUCAAGAAGUCAUCAAGCAAAGGACCUCGUCGUCUGGAGAAAUACCCUGAUGAGAAGGCUGCCUACAUUAGACCAUGUCCUAAAGUGACAGAGAUUAGCAACGUCAAGAACAUCACACGGUUGCCGCGGGAUACCAAGCGUCAGGCAGUGGCCAUUGUGUUUACAGAUGACACCUCACGCACCUUUACCUGUGAAUCAGAACUGGAGGCCGAGGACUGGUUCAAGAUGCUGUCAAUUGAAUGUCUGGGCAUGCGGCUCAAUGACAUCAGUAUGGGAGAGCCUGACCUACUAGCUGCUGGAGUGCAGUGUGAACACACAGAGCGUUUUAGUGUGUUCCUCCUCCCUUGUCCCAACCUAGACAUCUAUGGGGAGUGCAUGAUGCAGAUCACCCAUGAGAACAUUUACCUGUGGGACAUCCACAACCCUCGCACCAAGCUGGUCACCUGGCCUCUCUGCUCACUGCGACGCUACGGACGCGAUGCCACCCGCUUCACUUUUGAAGCUGGACGGAUGUGUGACAGUGGUGAAGGACUGUACACCUUUCAGACCAGAGAGGGAGAGCAGAUCUACCAGAGAGUUCAUUCCUCUACACUGGCCAUCGCUGAGCACCAUAAGAAGGUCCUGCUGGAGAUGGAAAAAAACAGCAGGUUGCAGUCUAAAAGUUCAGAGGCUGGCUCUUACCCCUGCACUCCUACUGCCAUCCUGCCCCGAUCAGCCUACUGGCACCACAUCACUGGAAGCCAGAUUGGCAUGGAUCCUGGCAGUGGUGACACUGCCGAAGAUGAGCUACUAUCGACACGCCUGACUCUGGACCGCCACGCCACACUGCCCCUGUCAAAUACACAUGCACAGUCCCAGCAGCACAUACACACACACUCGCUGGCACACUACCCUACAUACCCUGGACAGUAAAACACACAGCAGAAGACGUGGUCAUUGAAAAGGUGGCACAAACAUACACGCAUGCAGGCACACACUGAAGAAACACUUUCUCGUCCUAUCAGAUGAACAGCCCAACAUUACACCUCACAGUAUAUGACGUGAUUGCAGCUAACACUGGCCAAUACGCCAUCUUGAAUGUAGAAAGCACCUGAAGUGAGAGAACAUAAUUCUGCAGAGGACUGAGGAAAGUGGAUUUUCUUCCAUGAUUACAGUUCCCAAAGUAGACUGUGUGAUAUUUGUCUCUGAACGAUCCCAAUGAGAAACUCUGUUUGGAAACUUGGCAUGUAUUACCUGCUUUGUAAAGUGAGCCCCAAAAAGCUCUUAGUAUGCUUUAAUCCACCAUGUUUGUCUCAAAAACAUGGUGAAAGGUCUUAAAUAUUGUGGGGAUAUUUCAGUCUAAAAAUAUAGUUCAAAUUCUGAAUGAAAUUAAGUAUGAGAUGGGACUUGAUGUGGAUGUAAAGUGAAACAACACAGCAUUUUAUUUGGGAGCAAUUGCUGGUCAUAUCUGCCCAGUUUUUUCAUGCCACAAGUCAGUUGUAGUUUGUAUAUUCAUACACAUAUGGUGGUCAAUAAUGUGUAUAGAUGUGCAUCUUUAACUUCAUUCAGCCCAUUGCCAAAAUUAGCACUGGGAUCUAUAUUUACAGUGUGCAUAAGAAAUGAGUAUACAACAGAAGAAAGUACUCCCCUGUGCAACACUUCACUGAAAUAUCAUUUAAAUAUAAUAUCUUUCAAAAACUGCAUCACUUCUAAUUUGAACAGCAGAGUAUUCAAUCCUGUGCAAAAUUAAGAAAUAUCAGUUUAGAUUUGCUAUGCUAAAAAUACUGACCCCAUAGCAGAAGCUCAAUGUAACUGAGUACAUCUUUGAUUAUUGAGAUCCUAAACCUUAAUUUUUCAGUACUUAUGCAUUCUUCAGGGCCCAUUUUUUCAGAAUCUCUUUCCUGAAGGGGGUUUGUUGCUUCACCUUUCUCUUUUAAAUAAUGCAAAGGUGUUCUACUACAUUCAACUCAGAGGGCAUUGUUAGUAACAAUCAUUUUCACUUUGUUCUUUCUUAGAAACUCUUACGUCAGUUUGGCAGCAUGCCUUGAAUUGUUGUCAUGCUGAAAUAUACCUCUUCAAUUAGGCUUCUUAAAUGUAGGAAUGAUCUAGUCAAGCAGUAUUAGAAUAUUUUGUGCUCAUGCAGUCUUGUGCUUCAGUCUGGAUUAUAUACUCAGUUAGUCCUGAACAGGUUCAAGCCAGACAUGCUGAAUCUAAUUCAAUCCACCUGAGCUAACAAAUUUAUCUUAAAAGAAUGUGCUCCCAAUAUCAAUGGGCUUCUUCUCAUUUUCUUUAGCAAAGUUUCAUCCAAAAGUUUCCAUCGGUAACCACUCUGACAAGUCUGAAACACUUCCUUGUCUGUUUUUUAUAGUUUGAUUGUGAAAAUGGCACACUGUCUGUUGCAUCAUUUUAAAAGGACAUAACCACUGUAGGUGGUUUACAAUUUACACCUCCUGUUUACGGCUAGAGCUGUGUCUCCACUCAUUUUUAAAUGGUCACCAAUCUACUUGUAUUCUUUUAUACCUUUGAAGUCACCCAGUCUGAUUUUUUUUUAAUUCUUCUAAUUAAUUUUUGUAUGGACCCAUCAUACAGACAUAGAGACAGACACAGCCUGUACGUCCAAAAUUGAGAAAGUUUUGGUGUUUACAGUUCACUUUAUAACCAUAUUCAUGCAGCUAGACUGUGUGGAAAGCACAGGUAUACUCAGUUUUUUUUUUCAGUGAUCACGAGUUUUCUAACUUGUGUCAGUGAUCACAGAUGUAUUGACUUUUGAAUCAAGUGAUAUUGCAGAGUGGUGUAACUAUGUCUAUUGUAUACUGUAGUAUUGUUGAAAGUGACAUGCUCGCUUAAAUAAGACAUGAAAACUGUCAGCCCACUGUAGUCUAUAUGUGUAACACUUUAUAUUACAGGUUCAUACAUUUAAGUACCAUCCAUCUAUUAUCUAUACAGUACUUAUUGCAAAUUAGGGUGACAGCAGGGUACACCUUGGACAGGUUGUUAGUCUAUUGCAGGGCCAUACAUAGAGACAAACAAUCAGGCACACUAACACUACACACUGACAUUUACACCACUGGACAAUUUAGAGGCAAACCCAAGAUCGUCUAGCAGUGAGGCGACAGUGCUAGCUAACGCUUCACCGUGCUGCCUUAAUAAGUACCUAAUAACCUAUUUAUUUUAGUAGGGUAUCAAGAAAAAAAGUAAUAAUAGCGUCAUUGGGGAUUUGUUUAAAAGAAAUGCAAUAGCAUGAAUGUCUGAGGAAUUGAAUUCUACAAAACAUCACAGAACAAAUAACUUAAAAUGAAGAGCUUUCAUCCCUCCUUUUAAUGGGGUAAUUUGGGAGACAUGAAGAUUUUUACGAUUUCUUUAAUGACAAAAUAGGCUGUCUGAAACAUAUUUAAGCCUUUAAAGACAGGUGUAUGUGAUCAUGUAGUACCUGCCAAGAUUUGGUGUUUUUGUUUAAGUGAGGAAUUUAUGAAAUGUCACAUUUUGGUCAAAUUACCACGUUUUUUUAAAUGGUGUGCAUACAUUGGGACUAGCAACAUUGAAUAUGAUGCUCAAGCUUGAGUUUCUCACCCCAAGAAUGACAGAUUCCAAAUGAAUACCAUGGGAUUACUGUCAACAAGGCUACUGUGCUACUGUGCUUGUUGAAAUACUGCGUGGCCCAAGGCUGCAUGGUGUCUUAAUAGCAUCACAUGGAAUGUACUACCAUUGGAAAUACAUUGACAGGUGGACAGUCCACAUGGAAGAUCCUUAGUGUACCAAUGCCAGUUGACACACUUGUAUGAAGAACACUUGUCACUUUUACUGUCCCUGUUUAUCUUUUGACUUUGACUGAUGAAACUUCACAGCAAAAGGAUCUGUUUAUGGAGGCUCUGAACUGCUCUGAAAUGGAGAAUGAAACUGUCAUCACAUCAGUUUUGAUGGAGUGGCUCCUGUGCUAAACUGGACAUCCAACAGAAGAGUUUCAGACAUUCUUUGGAAUGUAUCCUUUUACACCUCCAGGUAUCCACAUGCUUUUUUGAGCUGUACUUGCACAACCUUAUUAUUUUCAUAUUAUUUAAGAGCCAAAAGGAGAACAGAGGCUGACAGUGUUGAGUUCAAUAGAUAUGGAUUUUCAACAAGCUCAUAUGACACAAAUGGACUGAUGCUACCAGUAUCUGAUAUUCAGAGCUUUAUAUUUGCCAUUUGAUAUUCCCGUUUCAUUAUUCAGUUUUCUUUCAUAAUAGAAUGACAAAACCCUAAAUAAUGAAAUGGGAGUUUCAUUAUGGAACACAGGAGAAGAACUGAAAGACACAUUUAAAAAAUAGCCUACAUAGCUUCUCAGAGGGUCAGAAAUGAAAACAGACACUGGGUGAGGAUCUUUUUCUGCCUUAAGGUCACACCAGAGAGUCACUUGUUCAUUUGAUCAAAGGACACAUAGACCCUACAAGUGACCUGUGAGGUGACAGCAGGGACCAAGGAAGAGAAAUCCUGAUUUUGCAGCAGAGCUGCACCAGAGCAUGAGCAGGAAGGUAAUGUCACAGUUCAGAAAAGCUUACCUCAUAUACACCGAUCAGACAUAACAUUAUGACCACUGACAGGUGAUGUGAAAAAGACUGAUUAUUUCUUCAUUAUGUCACCUGUUCAUGUCCAAAACUGCAGUUUUAAUGGGGUAUUCCUGGUCUGCAGUGGUCAGUAUCUAUCAAAAGUGGUCCAAGGACCGGCAACAGGCUUAUAGGUGGCCAAGACUCAUUGAUGCACGUGGGGAGUGAAGGCUGGUCCAUGUGGUCAGAUCCAAGAGAUAAGCUACUGUUGCUGGAAUUGCUGAAGAAGUUAAUGCUGGUUCUGAUAAAAAGUGUCAGAAUACACAGUGCAUCACAGUUUGUUGUGUAUGAGGCUGCAUAGCUGCAGACCAGUCAGGGUGACCAGCUGACCCCUAUACACCACCAAAAGCAUCAGCAAUGGGCAUGUGAGCAUCAGAACUGGACCACAGAGCAAUUUCAAUUCAAUUCAAUUCAAUUCAGUUUAUAUAGUGCCAAUUGCAAUUCAGAUGGUCUCAAGACGCUUUACAGAACCCAUUUGCCUGAACCCUCAAAGCAAGCCCUAAGGCAACAGUGGCAAGAAACAACUCCCUUUUAACGAGAAGAAACCUUGAGAAAAACCCGGCUCAUAUAGGGGACCCAUCUGCCGCUGGCCAGUAGGUUGACAGGAACAGAUAGUUAGAGGGGGUGGAAGCAGUGGGCUGGAGGAAGGUCAGGAGCAGCAUCCCACAGUGGACAUGAUGGAGGCUACGUCAGUUAAUGGGACAGGAACCGCAAAUCUGAAGCAUUCAGCUCUGGGACCAGAGACACUCGGAGAAAGGAUAGAGGGAGAAACAGAGUGAAUCCAAUGCAAUAACGGUAUAUAUAGUAAAUACAACGGUAAUUAGAGAAGGGCUCAGUGCAUCAAGAAAGGUCCCCCAGCAGCCUAGGCCUAUAGCAGCAUAACUAGGGGCAUAACUAAGGGACGUCGAAAGUCAGUUGUGCAAAUGAAGAUUCCAACUAACCCCCUAAGGGUCACCGCCCUAACUACAAGAUUUGUCAAAAAAGGAAGGUUUUAAGCCUGGUCUUAAAAAUAGAAAGGGUGUGAGCCUCCCGAACCUAAACUGGGAGCUGGUUCCACAGGAGAGGUGUCUGAUUGCUGAAUUCUCUGCCUCCUAUUCUACUUUUAGAAAUUCUAGGAAUAACAAGUAAGCAUGCAUUCUGAGAGCAAAGAGUUCUGCUAGGAUGAUAUGGUACAUUAAGGUCUUUAAGAUACGACUGAGAUUGAUCGUUAAGAGCUUUGUAUGUCAGGAGAAGGAUUUUAAAUUCUAUUCUAGAUUUCACAGGAAGCCAAUGAAGAGAACCCAGUAUAGGAGAAAUAUGAUCUCUCUUGCUAACUCCCGUCAGUACUCAUGCUGCAGCAUUUUAGAUCAACUGUAGGUUUUUCACAGAGCUAUUGGGACAUCCUGAUAGUAAGGAAUUGAAGGAAUGGAAGGUAGAAGAUAGCAAUGGAAGAAGGUGGCCUUGUCUGAUGAAUCACGUUUUCUUUUACAUCACGUGGAUGGCUGGUUGCAUGUGCAUCACUUACCUGGGGAACACAUGGCACCAGGAUGCACUAUGGGAAAAAGGCAAGCUGGCGGAGGCAAUGAGAUUUUUUGGGCAAUCUUCUGCUGGGAAACCUUGGGUCCAUGUGGAUGUUAAUUUGACAUGUACCACCUACCUAAGCAUUAAUUGCAGAUCAUGUACACCCUCUCAUGGAAACAGUAUUUCCCAAUGGCUGUGGCCUCUUUCAGCAGGAUAGUGCACUGUGCCACAAAGCAAAAAUGUUUCAGGAAUGGUUUGAUGAGCACAAUAACAAGUUUGAGGUGUUGACUUGACCUCCAAAUUUCCUACAUCUCUGUCCAAUCCAACAUCUGUGGGAUGUGCUGGACCAACAAGUCCAAUCUAUGGAGACCCCUCCUCGCAUCUUACAGGACUUAAAGGAUCUGCUGUUAACCUCUCGGUGCCAGAUACCACAGCACACCUUCAGGAGUCUAGUGGAGUCCAUGCCUCAAUGGGUCAGGGCUGUUUUGGUGGCAAAAGGGGGACCAACACAAUAUUAGACAGGUGGUCCUAAUGUUAUGCCUGAUUGGUGUAUUAUGCCUGUUUCAGACCUUUUAGUUGCUUCCACUGAGUCAAAGUAUGGAUAAUGGAUAAAAAUGCCAUUCUUUGUCUGACAAAGAAAAGUGUCUGUUCAUUUUGUUGGGAUUGUACAGGUGAGGUAGUACUGAGAGGAAGACAUCAGGAAGUGAUGAACAGGUUAUGUUCUCUUCCACUGUGGGAUCACCUGUGAGAUCAACCUUUGAUUGUUGCCUUUUUAUUCUAUCAUAAGGGAUUAAGACUGUUAGUGGAAGUUUGGAGAACAUCCCAACCACUUUUACACCGUCAAAAAUUGCCUUGUAUCUGGAUUGUGUGAUUUAUACUCAUUUAUGCUGGAAUCCUUCUAUAGCUUACAUUUCAUGGUUAAUGGUUUUUAUAUCAUUUAGGCAUGACAGGGCUAAACAUUUUGUUGGUUGUUUACAUAAUUAAGUUAUGAAUUGUGUGUAGAUGUGUGUGUGUAGUAGCUGUCUGUUUAGAGACAUGCUGCAUUGUUUGCACCUUACAAUGUUGAAAAAGCAGAUGUAGUCUGUCCACUCUUUGUCAGAGUGGAUCCUCACACAUAAAUUUCCACCAAAGUAAACAACAAGAACACAGCUCCCAUCCUAUCUUUCCCCUCUCACAGUAUUAUUCUUUAAGGCCAUAGAUUAAUUACAGUCACACCAUCUCUGUUCACGCCUGUGCCCUGCUGCUGUUUGGUCAGAGGAAAACCAGUAGCAAAGAAAUUGUCACAGAAGUAACCAGACAGAGAUGUUUCAUGAAGAAGGCUCAGAAAAGACUUAAGACUGGACUUUAUCAUCUUUGUGGGGAAAUUCUGGGGUUAGGGGGAAAAAGCUGGGCUUCGCAUUUGUGUGAAAUAGUACAUUGCACACACUUCAACUCAAAGCCGAAGACAAUAGACUAGUUUAGUUAUUAACAGUUAAUUCAUGAUUUUGACACAUAUAGUUGAAAUUAUGAUUGUGAUAAUAAAUAAUACACAGAAACAUCACAAAAACGAACUUUUGACCGUGACUGGGAAGUUGGAUUAAUUCUUUUGUUAGCUCAUUACGAUUUGGCCCUCUGCUACUGUAAUUGAGCCAUAUUUUCAUAUCCUGUGUGAGUUAUUUAAAUUUUUCUGUCAUUGUACCAAAAAGUCAUGUACAGAAUGCAACAUCACAAUAAUCAAAUGGAGAAAUUAUGUUGCUUGGUUUGUACAAAUGAUGUACAGUACCUUGCAAAAGAAUUCUCCCCCCUUGGCAUAUUUCGUGGUUUUUUGCCUCACAACCUGGAAUUAAAAUAGAUUGUUUUAGGGUUUCCAUCAUUUAAUUUACUGAACAUGCCUACAACUUUGAAGAUGUGACUUUUACUCCGCCAAGGAACACAGUGGAGUUAUGUGGCAAUUGCCAUACGUUUGUCCUUCUGUGAUUCUGUGAAUCUGUCUGUCUCUGCACAACAUUACUCAAAAACGGAAUAACGGAUGUGGAUAACAUUUUCAGGGAAGGUCAGAAAUGACACAAGAACCAAGUGAUUCGAUUUUGGUAGUGAUGCAACUUAUAGUGUGGAUCCACAGAUUUGUUAAAGAUUUCCGUAUGAGAACAAGUAAACGCUAUGUCGACUGCCUGCUGACGGUCACAUAAUUGUGAUCCUACUACAGAUCGGCAGCUGCGGACUUACUGGGACUUAUCUGUCAGAAAUCAUACAACGACUGAGCAGCCGUGGAGGAGUACUGUGCUCUCUGAGCGUUGUACUCAUGUGACUAACUAGUAACUGGUUGACAAGCCAAUACUGAAACCACAUACAGUACAGUUAUCACUACAGACCCUCUCCUCCUUCCUGUACUUGAGUUUUGAGUAUAAUUUCUAUAUGUCUGUCAGAAAUGAUACAAGGAUCGAUUGAAUAAAUUGUGGGCGUGUUUACGAGUCCCAUCAAUUCCUGCUGUCCGCUGUAUAUUUAGGUCUAAAUAAUAAAAUAAUAAUAAAUAAUACGACUGAGCAGCUUUGGCGGAGUAUAGUUUUCUCUGAGUGAUUUUCUUGUUUUUAUUGUGAAGCAAACAAAAAAAAGUCAAAAUAACCGGAAUGGUCAAUGUGCACAACUAUUCAUCCCCAAAUGUCAGUACAUUGUAGAGCCACCUAUUAUGGUCAUCACACCUGCAAGUCAUUUUUUAUAAGACUCUAUGAGCUUGCCACAUUUUUCCACUGGGAUUUUUGCCCAUCCCUCAAGGGAAAACUGCUCCAGCUCCUUUAAAUUUGAUGGUGUGUGCUUGUGAAUAGCAAUCUUUAAGUGUGACCACAGAUUCUCAAUUAGAUUGAGGUCUAGGCUUUGACUAGGCCAUUCCAACAUAUUUAUAUGUUUCCCCUUAAACUACUCAAGUGUUGCUUUCGCAGUAUGCUUGGGGUCAUUGUCCUGCUGGAAGGUGAGCCAAAAACUUACAGACUGGUACAGGUUUUGCUGAAGAAUAUCCCAUAUUUAGCAUCUGUAAAAACAGCCCUACAGCAUGAUGCUGCCACCACCAUGUUUCACUGUGGCUAUGGCGUUCUUGGAGUGAUGAGAUGUGUUGGGUGUCCACCAGACACAGCGUUUUCCUUGAUGGCCGAAAAGUUCAAUUUUAGUCUCACCUGACUGGAAGCACCUUCCUCCAUAUAUUUUAGGAGUCUCCCACAUUCCUUUUUGCAAACUCAAAACAUGCCUUCUUACUUUUAGCUGAAAGUAAUGGCUUUCUUCUGGCCACUCUUCCAUGAAGCCCAGCUCUAUAGAGUGUACAGCUUAUUGUGGUCCUAUGGACAAAUACUCCUGCUUCGUCUGUGGAACUCUGCAGCUCCCCUAGGGUUACCUUUGGUCUCUGUGCUGCCUCUCUAAUUAAUGCUCUCCUUGCUUGGUCCGUGAAUUUUGGUGGGCGGCCCUCUCUUGGCAGGUUUUUUGUGGUGCCAUGUUUUUUCCAUUUGAUUAUGACGGACUUGAUGGUGCUCCUGGGGAUCAUCAAGGAUUUGGAUAUUUCUUUUAUAACCCAACCCUGACUUGUACUUCUCAACAACUUUGUCCCCGACUUGUUUGGAGGUUUCCUUGGUCUUCAUGGCAGUAUUUGGUUAGUGGUGCCUCUUGCUUAAGUGCCUUGGGGCCUUUCAGAAAAGGUCUGUAUAUAUUGACAGAUCAUGUGAUACUUAGACUCCUGGGUGUGACGGGUCUCUGGUGAUUCCCCUGGCUUUCCUCUGAAGUCUGCUGGUGUAAACGUCUCCGAGGGGAGGUAGUGGGGUCCGAGUCACCCGCUCUACUGCUCUCGCCACCUGUUGUAGUUCCUUCCUGUCCUCUACAGUGCAGCAGAUGAACCACACUGUACAGCAGUAGGUCAGGAGGCUCUCAAUAGUGGAGCAGUAGAAGAUUGAGAGCAGCUUUUGGGUAAAAUGAGCCUGACGCAGCUUCCUGAGGAAGUAUAGUCUCUGUUGGGCCCUCCCCACCUGGUGUGAGAUGUGGGUGGACCAUGCGAAAUCCGCAGAGGUGUGGACCCCAAGCAACUUGAAGCUCUCCACCCUCUCUACCUCCUCUCCAUCGAUGUAGAGUGCUCAAUUCGCUUUGAUCUUCUAAAGUCCAAGACUAUCUCCUUGGUCUUUGUUGAGGUUCAGGUUGUUGUGAUGACACCAUCAUCACAGAUGCUGGACCUCCUCCCUGUAGACUGAUUCAUCGUUGUCUCUAAUCAGUCCUAUGAUGGUGGUGUCAUCAGCAAACUUGACGAUGGUGUUGCUGGAGUGAACAGGAGAGUAGUCGUGUGUGAACAGAGAGUACAAUAGGGGGAUGAGGACAUAUCCCUGAGGAGUACUGGUGUUCAGGAUGAGAGUGGAGGAGAUGUGGUCUCUAAUCCUGAUGUUCUGGGGUCUGUUGCUAAGGAAGUCCAAAAUCCAGGAGCACAGUGAUCUGCUGAGCCCCAGGUUGCUCAACUUCAUAACCAGUUUGUGAGGGAGAACUGUGUUGAAGGCAGAGCUGAAAUCCACAAACAACAUAUACAGCCAUGGCCAUAAGUUUGGACACAGCAUGACUUACUAUGUCUGUUUUGAUGUCUGUUACAGAACAUAACUAAUAUUUUUUGACAGCACCAGUUUAAUUAGUCAACAAAUCAACAAGGGAUAUAAUAUUAUCAAUAAAUUCCAACAAUUGGAACAACUUUGUUCCCAAAACAUAAUAUUAGAAGAAAAUAACAAAAAAAUGCAGUACUUUCACAACCGAAUUUGGUAAGAAUAACAAAAUGACACCAAACUCUUUUGAUUUUUUUUAAAAUAUGAAACUUAAUAUAGUUCUCAGGAGUUGUGUACUGUAUUGUAAGUGACAAUUUUGUUUUAUUUUCUAAGAUUCACAAGCGUCAUGGUACUUGUGUCCAAACUUAUGGCCAUGGCUGUAUAUAUAUAUAUAUAUAUAUACACAAUAGAUAUAUAAAUAAAUAAAUAAAUAAAUACAUAGAAAUUAGAGCCGGGGGGGGGGGGUACUUUUGUAAGGCACUGUAAAAGCAUUAAUAUUGUGGUAGUACUGUUUAACCUUCAGGUUGCCUAUCACUUCAGUAUUUAUAAUGUUAAUAUUUCUGGGUAUCUGCUCUUUUUUAAAAAUAUUAACACUGCGUACAGUUUUGAAAAUAGUGUUUUCAGUGAAGCUGCAGUCCCACAUCAAGAAUGUAGUUUCAUUUGAAUUCUCAUUAAGCCAAAAUGCAAAGCAAAAUUGGAGUCUGUGACUAAAAGCACAGUGGUGCUUCUGAUAACUGCUAGUGUGCUCUCAAACAAACUGUUACAGUGUUAAUGUGGUGAUUUUCACAGUUUGAGCUGCUGAAGUUAAUUUUGUCCUGUUCGUCAAACAUGUUGGCAUGCUAAUUUAGCUAUAUCUCAUGAUCAUAUUAGCACUAAACAAAAAGUCAAACUGAGGUUUGUAGGAAUUGUCCAUAAUUUUGCAGCUAUUUGAGCAUAAUCCAAAAUGCUGUAGAAACUGAAAUAUUGAUCUGAUGGUGGUAUAAAAACGCAAAUAUGAAUGUUCAUUCCAUGUCAGUGCAAUCCUUACAGUAGUAGUAAAGAUACUGAACCAUAAAUGUCAAUAGAGUUAGUGGUACUUAUCAACUGUGGCAAAUUUUGUGCCAAUCUAAUUUUUAUUUUUAUAUUUUUAUUUGUUAUCUUUCUUCCUGCUGGGGCCUCUUGCCAGGUCAUCAUUGUAAAUGAAAAAUUGUUCUCAACUGAUCUUACCUGGUAAAAUAAAGAAUUUAAAAAAAUAUAUAUAUAUCACUAUAUAUCACUAUACACUAUUAUAACUGUUUCACAAAAUUUAAUGACAAUCCAUUCAAUAGCUGUUGAGACAUUUCAGACUGAAUUAAAGGGGUAGACUACACACUUUCUAGAAAGUAAGCCUCUUCCCUACUCUCUACCAGAGUAAAUCUGACUUUACAGGUGAUGCUGCUUCAUGAAACACCUCUCGGGUCAUUUAAGCGACAUGUGAGGGCUAAGUGUAAGUGGUUACUGAUGGAAAAGGCUGUGCAGCAGAAUGGAAAAUGACAGCAAAGACCAUUUCAAUUCAGCAUGGUCUGAAAACACCAGGCAGUUAAAGUGUGUGAUUGUGAUUGUAGAGUUAUCACAAUGACAGCUUCAUCUCUAACCAUAGGGCUUCCCCCUGGCUCUGUAAUUGAUGACAAAUGUUGUUCACCCAUUUACACUAUCUCAUUAAGUGCAUGUUUUGAAGAAAAAUAAAGUCCACUACUUACUUAA